AUUACGAUAAUGGUAAAACUUAUAAAUCAAGGCGCUCUUUUAUAAAGAAAUUAUACAAAAAGUACAUGCCAUUUUCGCGGGCACGGUGGCUUUUUAUUAUUAUAAUAUUUGGUGCUCUUUAUUUUGUGUUUGUUAGUAAAUAUAUAUUUUUUGAACAAUCAGAUUUUCAACCACCUAUCAAGGAGGUUAAUAAUGAGGACACUAAAUUCCUUCUAGAGGAUUUAAAUACAGAUCCAUCAUUAGAUUCUCCUAUACAAGUUCAUAAUGAUCAAACUUGGUCUGAACGUCAGAUGGAAGUAAAGAAAGCUUUUAAGCAUGCAUGGGGCGGUUACGUUCGUGAUGCUUGGGGUUAUGAUGAGUAUCACCCACUUUCUCAUAGUGGAUCUAAUCUAUCUAAUACUGGAAUAGGUUUUACUAUUGUAGAUUCUCUUGACACACUUUUAAUAAUGGACCUUAAGGAAGAGUAUGAGCAUGCUCGUGAUUGGGUUGCUAAUUCUUUGGACUUUAAUGUAGAUGGUGAUGUAAAUGUUUUUGAAACAACCAUUCGAGUUCUUGGUGGCUUAUUGAGUGCUUACCAUUUAUCUGGUAACGAUGGGCUUUAUCUUGCUAAAGCAAUCGAUUUGGGUGAUCGUUUGCUUGGUGCUUUUUCUUCACCAACUGGAAUUCCUUAUGCGUCAGUGAAUUUAGCUAGACGAGAAGGGAUCAGGGCUCAUUUUAAUGGUGGUGCAAGUUCUACUUCUGAAGCGACUACAUUACAGUUAGAAUUUAAAUAUUUAAGCCAUCUUAGUGAUAAUUAUGAGUAUUGGGAUAAAUCUCAAAACAUUAUGCUUGUUGUAGAUGAGCUUAAAAAAUACGAUGGCUUAGUGCCUAUAUUUUUAAGUCCAAAUGAUGGUCAAUUUUGGGGAGGAAAAAUAACGUUGGGCGCUCGUGGUGAUAGUUAUUAUGCUAUCAAAGGGGUAAAAACUCAUCUUAUAGAUCGUUCUUACCCCUCUGGGCUUUUAUAUAUUGGUGAAUUAGCUGGUUUUGGUGAUGAUGUAAUCAGCCCAAAAAUGGAUCAUCUUGUAUGCUUUAUGGGUGGAAAUUUGGCUCUUGGUGCGACACGAGGCCGAAAAGUACAUGAUGUUCAAAAAAAUAUGUCCGAUAAUGAUUUAGAGGAUCUUAAUAUAGGAAAAGAAUUGGCAAAGACAUGCGUUGAAAUGUACUUUAGUACAACUACUGGACUUGCCCCAGAAAUAGUUUAUUUUUCUACAUCUGAUGAUGCAACCACUGAUAUAAUUAUAAAAUCGCUCGAUGGUCAUAAUUUAUUGCGUCCUGAGACUGUUGAAAGCUUAUUCAUACUUUGGAGGCUAACUGGUGAUAUUCAAUAUAGGCAUUGGGGAUGGGAAAUAUUCCAAGCUUUUGAAAAAUAUACUAAAGUAAAAGAAGGCGGAUAUACAUCAUUAGAUGAUGUUACUGUCGUACCACCUAGGCAGCGUGAUAAGAUGGAAACUUUUUGGCUGGCUGAAACAUUGAAAUAUUUUUACCUUUUAUUUGGUCCCGACGAUCUAAUACCGUUGGAUAAAUAUGUGUUCAAUACUGAAGCACACCCACUUCCGAUAUUCUCACCAACGUCAGAGAAUGCACAGGCCAGAAUUAAGAAGAUGCGAUAUUAA